AUGGAUGAUCUAUUUUAUUGCAUUCGUAUAAUGCAAAUAUCUACUGACAAAUUACAAUCAACGCGCAAUACAGAAAGUCUUCGUCGUUCAGCACUUAUACGUUCAACAUUUGUACAAUCGCGUAAACUUUUUUGUGAUUUAAUUCACUCACUAAUUAAAAUAUCGUCAACCAAUAAUGCACUUCUACCGGUAAUUAUAGAAAAUGAAGAAAAUCGAACAAAAACUCUCGUGCAUCAACGUACAAUAAUGUCACAGAAACGUAAAUCAUGUCAUGCUGAUGCCGUUAAACGUCUAUGUCUCACAUCGUCAUCAACAUCGUCGUCAUCGAAUAUUUCAAAUAAAAUAAAAUCAGACUGA